GACGCCAUGACUUCUCAUGUAAUCUGAGUCCAGAACAAAUGAGAGUUUUGGGGAGAACACUUCAAGAACAAGAUGGCUGUCCUGGGACAAGAAAAGUAUAUUCUUCUUUCUCAUAAACACGACAUUUAAUGCGGUUGUGAAUUAUGUUGUUAUAAUGUAACACCUUUAUACGCAUUAAAUGCAUCGCUUUAGAGCAAGGGACGUCGUUUUUGAGGCGCAGUUGAUGCUCGUUUGAUGUUUUCCGAAGGAAAGUUUUUUUUAACGGUUUAGCGGUGAUAAACUGCUAACGCUGAGGAGCAGACUAGCACCAAUUAGCUAGCCAAAUGUCUCAAAUGUGACUUUUACAUACCCAUAAGGUUUUGUGAAUGGGUUAAUUUAGGUGGUUACUUUUCCAAUUGUUUUGUUGUGGUUCGGAGUUGAAGCGAAACGCCCCGAAAUUCCUCGGCCGUUAUGAGAUACUGUCAGAAAUUUUUAGCGCUUUUGAAUAACGUUUAGAUUUUUCAGAUGCUCCUCAUCAGAUAAAAAACAUAGAUAACUGGACCAUGAGCUCAUCUCGAGUCAGACCCCAGCAGUUACCGCAGAGCCAGCCUGCCAGGUUACCGCACAGACUGGACUCUAGCGAGGGGAUAGAGAUGGAGAACAUCCAACAUCAAGACCUGAGACUCGGAGGUGUCAUAGGCACUCCGUCCCCUCCAUCCAGACAAGCAUGGAGUCGGGACAACCCGGGUUUUGAGCCCGAGGAUGAGAUUAUGGAAGCCGACUGGCCUCCGGCAAGUCCCGGGAGGAGGUCUGUCUCAACGGCCUCCAGCAACAGCUGCAGCAGCGGUCUGGGCAGCUACACCGGCGGGGGCAGCAGCACCCACAUCCCUCGAGGAGGACUCUACCCUACCCCAAGUGUGGAUGCCCAGCAGCAGGACAGGCAUGACCACCCCAGCUGUAUGAAGCAGAUACUCCAAAAAGUCAGAAAUCUGUGGGGCACAGAGCUCAUGGAGGACAGUGACAACAGUCGAGAAAGAUACCUCAGAAAUAUACUGAGGGAGAUGCUCACAUAUAUCGCAUUCCUCAUCACUAUUUCUAUAUUGACUUAUGGGAUGGUGAGUGUCAAUAUGUACUACUACACUAAAGUCAUGUCUCAGCUUUUCCUGGACACACCACUGUCUGCUGGGGACCCUUCCACUUUCAAGCAUUUGUCAACCAUGGAGGAUUUCUGGAAGUUCACAGAGGGACCCUUUCUCAAUGGCAUGUAUUGGGAAGUGUGGUACAACAACAAGACCCUACCAGCGAAUCAGAGUCUCAUCUAUUAUGAGAACCUCCUCCUUGGGGUGCCACGCCUCCGGCAGGUCAGGGUCCACAAUCAGUCCUGCACCGUCCAUGAAGAUCUGAGAGAUGAGGUGCAGGACUGCUUUGGCAUGUACACCCCAGCCAAUGAGGACACCUCUUCUUUUGGCCCUAAGAAUGGAACUGCCUGGGUCUAUACAGCAGAGAGUAAGAUGAAUGGGAGCAGUUACUGUGGCCAGGUAUCCAAAUAUGGAGGUGGAGGAUACCACCAAGAUCUGUCUCGUACAAAAGAGGAAUCAGCAGUCCAGCUGCAGUUUCUCAAAGACCACCUGUGGCUAGACAGAGGCACCAGAGCGGUGUUUCUGGACUUCUCUGUCUACAAUGGAAACAUCAACCUCUUCUGCAUCGUUAGGUUAUUGGCAGAGUUCCCUGCUACUGGUGGGGUGGUGACCUCCUCGCAGUUUCAAACAGUGCGUCUCAUUCGAUAUGCAUCCAGCUGGGACUACUUUGUGGCUGUGUGUGAGGUGGCAUUCUGCAUUUUCAUCAUGUACUAUGUGGUGGAGGAGGUGCUGGAGAUCCGGAUCCACCGCCUGCAUUACUUCAAGAGCCUGUGGAACUGUCUGGAUGUUCUCAUUGUGGUGCUGAGUGUUGUUGCUAUUAUCAUGAACAUAACCAGAACAGCCAUGGUUGGCAACCUUCUGAAAGGCCUGUUGGAGAACCACACAGCUCACCCCAGCUUUGAGCCUUUGGCCAACCUGCAGGUCCAGUUCAACAACAUGGCUGCAGUCAUUGUCUUUUUUUCCUGGGUCAAGCUUUUUAAGUUCAUCAACUUCAAUAAAACCAUGAGCCAGUUGUCUAGCACUAUGUCUCGCUGUGCCAAGGACCUGGUGGGUUUUGCCAUUAUGUUCUUCAUUAUCUUUCUGGCAUAUGCUCAGCUGGCCUACUUGGUUUUUGGAACCCAGGUCAAUGACUUCAGCACUUUCCAAGCCAGCAUUUUUACCCAGUUCCGUAUCAUCCUGGGAGACUUUGAGUUUUCUGAGAUCGAGAUGGCGAACCCAGUGCUCGGACCAAUCUACUUCACCACCUUUGUUUUCUUUAUUUUCUUCAUUCUCAUGAACAUGUUCCUGGCCAUCAUCAAUGACACAUACUCUGAGGUGAAGGCUGAUAUGUCCCAGCAGAGGUCUGAGAUGGAGAUGACUGAUCUCAUUAAGAAGGGUUGCAACAAAGCUUUGAUGAAGUUGAAACUGAAGAAGACGGCGGUUGACAGCAUCUCCGAUAGUUUACGUCAGGCCGGGGGCAAACUCAACUUUGAUGAGCUACGUCAGGAUCUUAAAGGAAAGGGCCACACUGAUGCAGAGAUUCAGGCCAUCUUUGCCAAGUAUGAUCAAGAUGGUGAUCAGGAACUGACAGAGCAUGAACAUCAGCAAAUGAGAGACGACCUUGAGAAAGAGAGAGAGGACUUGGAUCUCGAACGCAAUUCGCUGACUAGACCUAGCAGUGGGCGGAGCUUCCCUCGUACCCAGGACGACUCAGAGGAGGAUGAUGAUGAGGACAGUGGCCACAGCUCUCGUCGCCGUGGCAGCAGCUCAGGGGGUGUCUCUUAUGAGGAGUUUCAAGUGCUGGUGAGACGUGUGGACAGGAUGGAGCACUCUAUCGGCAGCAUAGUUUCCAAGAUAGACGCUGUGAUUGUGAAGCUGGAAGCCAUGGAGAGAGUUAAACUUAAAAGAAGAGAUGUUCUCAGCAGGCUGCUGGAUGGAGUCAUGGAGGAUGAGCGCCUGGGACGUGACCCAGACACCCACAGGGAGCAGAUGGAGAGGCUGGUGAGGGAGGAACUCGAGCGUUGGGAAUCAGAUGAUAUGGGCUCGCAGGUCAGUCACCCACAGUUGGCCACUCCUGUUGGCCCUCGGCCCCGUCCGUCCUCUUCCUUGUCUACCGACGGCUUUGACACAAGCACAAAUGUGAGCAGCCAUGUGUGAAGACUUGGCUGGUCCUCCACUCUGGGAAGAAACUCUC